AUGGCACUAAACUACGAAGCCCUCGAUGUCGAAAGCUAUGAAAUACGACUUCUAACUAUCCUUCCCAAUUCGUGCGGAUCUGCGGUGAGAUGGAAUGGAAAGACGAAUCUCAUAAAUUCCACCAAGUACGCUGCUCUAUCCUAUUGCUGGGGUGAUCCAGCCAUGACAGCGAACAUCUUUGUAGACGGCAUAAAGACACCAGUUACAAGCAACCUUGCAGAUGCGCUGCAAUAUUUGCGCAAGCUUGGCACCAGUAACAUAUGGGCGGAUGCUCUGUGCAUCAACCAAACAGACAAGCAAGAAAAGGGCCUGUAG